ACAUUAACUUCCUGUGCCCAUGAAAAAUACACACAUGGUGGUGUACAAAGAGGAAUAAUUUUGUAUAUGUGAAGAGCUUGCGCAGUUAAGGAGUGUGUACCAAAACGAAAGUACUUCCGAGCCUGGUAAAUAUCGAGGUGGGGGUAAUGGAUUUCGUCUUUCAUGGACACCCAAACUGAAAGUGAGACAGAUAAUGGCCACGCCCAACCCCCAGGCACAGGAGGUCAUCACCUGUGACCUUUGUGUCAAACCUACCCAGCAGUUCUGUAACAACUGUCAACUCAGUUUGUGUGUGGACUGUGUUAGUAAACACGUGGUCAAGCUCAAAUACCAACAACAUGACAUCGUUCAUUUCAAAGACAGAAAAAUACAACUUGUUUUUCCCGAGUGUGAAUUUCACACAAACCAGAGAUGUGAGGCCCACUGCCAGCAAUGUGAUGUUCCAGUUUGCCUGAAGUGCAUGCUUGGUCCCCAUAAUGGACACAAAUAUGGAGAUAUGUCUGAUAUUUUCAACAGCAAGAAACAUGAUAUUGAAAAGGAAACCAAAGAAAUUGAAUCCACUAUUAUUCCACAGUACAAGAAGAAAAAUGAAGAAACAGAAAGCAAACUAUCCAUUAUAAUGGCCGAAUUUGAUGAACUGGACAAAGAAAAAGAAAAGCACAGAAAAUCCUGGCACCAAGAAGUCGACACCAUUUUCAAUAAUCUUGGUUCUUUGAUGAAGUCCAUAAAAGAGAAUCUCCUGGCUGCUCUAAACUCUCACCAAUCCAAAAUAAGAAAUCAAAUUCCAGACAUGACCCGAACAGUUCAGCAAAACAAAGAAAUUCUGAAGUCAAACAAUGUAUCUGCAGUCACUAACUACAAAUUCAAACUCCAGGAAUACAGGAACAUGCCUACUGAUAUUGAUGUCAAACUGCCAUCACUCAAAACCAACACAAUCCAAGGAAGAGAACUCAGCCUGGAAUUAGGAGAAUACAAGGCUAGCCUGACACAGACAACACUGUCUAAUCUGACAGAGGAAGUCUCCUAUUUAUCUUUACAAAAGAUGUUAGAGCAAGCCAAAUCAAUUACAACCAUUCCUGCUGGAGUUAAUCCUCUAAACAAUGUUGCCUGUGUGGGAGUGGAUGAAGUCUGGGUUAGUGGUAAAGAUAAAACCAUAAGACGUGUUGACAUACACGGGUCUGUACGGGACACUGUCACCACCACAUGUCAAUACUGGCCUAAUGACAUCACAGUGACCAGACAGGGAGAACUGGUAUACAGUGAUGGUUACAAUAGAACUGUGAACAUUGUCAGACACGGGAGAACAGAAACACUUAUAACCACACCACAGGGCUGGCGUCCAGGUCAGCUAUGCUGUACUAAGUCAGGGGACAUCCUGGUCAGUAUGCGUACUACUGAUAAAAGCCAACGUAAAGUUUUCCGUUAUCAGGGACACACAGUAAAACAGGAAAUAGAUAGAGAUGAAGAUGGAGAACCAAUCUAUAAAGGAGGGGUAUACCCACUGUGUGUGAUGGAGAACAACAAUGGAGAUAUCUGUGCCUCUGAUAGUAAUGCUAAGGCUGUGGUCGUGGUGAACAAGUCAGGAAGAGUCCGAUUCCGAUACGACGGUACACCAGCCAGGAGGAAGAAAUCAUUUGACCCUAGACAUAUAGUGGCAGACUCCAUGAGUCAGAUCAUUGUGACAGAUCACGAUAAUGCCUGUCUACACAUCCAGGAUCAGAACGGACAGUUCCUGAGAUGUGUGGCUAAUUGUGGACUAGAUAAUCCUCAUGGACUGAGUCUGGACAGUGAGGGCAGGUUGUGGGUAGGGUUAGCCUAUUCAGGAGAAGUGAAAGUGAUUCAGUACAUGAAAUAAACACAUGAUAUCACAUACAGACAUCAGAUAAUGACAGAGUUCACACAGUGCUCUUGAUACAUACAUGUUUUAGUGAUAUUUACACAACAGUAUAUGCAUUCAUUGUUUCUUUCUUUUAGUACAUUUGAACAUUGAUAAUUUUAAUUCGAGGUGUUGAAAAAAGACUAUUCAAUCUUGUCUUAUUCUGGACAUGUCUACCUACAGUCCAGGGAAGUACAUGCACAUACACAAAUGGUAUAUGUUUGUGAAAUUGUCAUUAUAGUUACUUAGUCCAAGUAAGUAUGCAUCAUAUCAUCAUCGCUAAUGAGUAAAAAGAAGAAUGUAUCCUAUCGUCAUGGUGAAUUUGACUUGUUUUUUCACAAUUCCCUGUGUAAUGAAGUGUGGCGUGUGGUGGAACAUGAACCUGGACGUUAUGUUGAAGACCAGCGAAGAUCUGCCCUCCUUGAUCUGUAAAUUUGAAAAUACAAGGGUAAAAUUGAUUAAAGAGAACCAUGGGCCUCAUGAUAUGUUUGAUUGUUCCUUGUUUUUGUCCUGUUUUAGAACUUUGUAGUCAUGUAGUGACAUCAUCAGGUUUAGCUGGAGGAUCUCAUGUAGGGGGACAGCUUCUUGUAUAAUCUAUAAUGAUUUAAUUUUAGUUGUAUAUCUGAUUUUGAUUUGGAAAGAAAUUCCAAUAUCAUUAUAUGUAAUGGGACAUCAUGAAAUUGCAUUUCUAAACUUAAAAAAGGAAACAUUAUUCCAAUGUAAUUCCAAUGAUAAAUGUUUUAAUGUGAAAUGAUAUAAGUUAUAUUUUCAAAUGAUAUCAACUCUAAAUUUGUUUGUUGUAAAAAUGUGCAUUUAGGAUAGUGUAUAUUGUAUGUAACUUUAACCAUAAUCAGUAAUAAAAUUGAAAGUAAA